UUUGGGUCCAAAUCCACCCUGUUUUUGAUUCCAUCUGUGGGGUUCGGUGCCGUUUGGGGUCCGGCGCCGUUUUGGGUCAUUUUGGGCCGAUUUGGGCACUUUUGGCCCCUCAGGUUCCUGCUGUACGGCCGCUACUGCAGUCAGGUGGAGGCGGCAGCGCGGAGGUUGGAUCAGCUGGCGGCCGGAACCGACAUACGCAUGAAGCUGCAGGAAUGUUCCCAGAGAGCCAACAAUGGCCGCUUCUCCCUGCGGGAUCUCCUGAUGGUGCCGAUGCAGCGGGUGCUGAAGUACCACCUCCUGCUGCAGGAGCUGGUGAAGCUGACCCCGGAUCCAUCGGAGAGGGAGAGGCUGCGGGCGGCGCUGGAUGCCAUGAGGGACCUGGCACAGUGCGUCAACGAGGUCAAACGGGACAACGAGACCCUAAAGCAGCUCACCAGCAUCCAGCUCUGCCUCCACAACAUGCCCCAGUCCUUGGCGCAGUUCGGGCGCCCAAAAAUCGAUGGGGAGCUGAAGGUGUGCAGCAGUGAGAAGCGCUCCAAGGCGGACAGGUAUGGGUUCCUCCUGGACAAGGCUCUGAUCAUCUGCAAGCGCCGUGGGGACGCUUACGAGGCCAAGGAUGUCGUGGACCUACAGAGCCACCAACUGAGGGACAGUGGCCUCGGGCCCAGGGAUGGCAAGAAGUGGUCCCACACCUUCCUGCUCAUCAACACGGCCGGGCUGCAGGGCUACGAGCUCUUCUUCAAGACACGCGAGCUGAAGAAGAAAUGGCUGGAGCAGUUUGAGAUGGCCCUGUCCAACAUCUUCCCAGAGCACGCCCUGGCGGAUGGACACGACUUCCAGAUGUUCUCCUUUGAGGACACCACGUCCUGUAGGGCCUGCCAGAUGCUGCUGAGAGGGACGUUCUACCAGGGCUACCGCUGCAACCGGUGCCGGGCUCCUGCGCACAAGGAAUGUUUGGGGAGGAUGGGGACCUGCGGAGCCGAUCCGAGCUCUGGCAACAGGAAGAUGAAAUCCCAGCGCCCGGCUCAUGAGAACAAGGCUGCAGACCUGGGGUUGCCCAAGAUGGAGGCGAACCAGCACUACAGCGGGGUGCCCCCACCGCCGGGAAAUGUGGGUCCUGCCCUACGUCUCAGCCCUGGGGACGUCGUGGAGGCAACGGUGGCGGAGGCGGAGCAGCUGUGGUGGCAGGGCAGGAACGUGGUCAAUGGUGAGACGGGCUGGUUCCCCUGUGCUGCUGUCAGACCCUUCAUCUGUGCGCCGCUGCCGGAUCUCUCUGUCUACCUCUGGUACGCCGGCCCCAUGGAAAGGGGGGAAGCGGAACAGAUCCUGACCCCCCGCUCUGAUGGCACGUUCCUGGUGCGGCAGCGGGUGAAGGACACGGGAGAAUUUGCCAUCAGCAUCAAGUACCGUGCGGAGGUGAAGCACAUCAAGGUGAUGACGGGCGAGGGGCUGUAUCGCCUCAACGAGAAGAAGGCCUUCAAGGGGCUGGUGGAUCUGGUAGAGUUCUACCAGUGCAACUCGCUCAAGGAUUGCUUCAAGGCUCUGGACACGGCCCUGCUGGUGCCAUUCAAGGAGCCCGAGAGGAGGACCAGCCCACGACCCCCUGGGGCCGUGCGUAAUUUCGGGUCGGCCAAAGCUCGCUAUGAUUUCUGCGCCCGCGACCGGACGGAGCUGACGCUGCGGGAAGGGGACAUCAUCCGCGUGCUCAGCAAAAAGGGGCAUCCGGGAUGGUGGAAAGGGGAGAUCUAUGGGCGGGUCGGAUGGUUCCCCGCCAACUACGUGGAGGAGGAUUAUUCGGAGUAUUGCUGACCGCAGGACCCCUCAAUGUCCCCCCCUUUCCCUCCCCUACAUCCCCCAACCAACCCCACACCUUC